AUGUCAAGCGGCAAAGUGGAACUCCUGGGCGACAAUGUGGAAAUCCUCGACUACGAACCCGAGGGCGAGGCUCCCACCGCAGAGCAGUUUCCAGCGGCCGGUGCGGGAGACAAGAGCCGCCCCAUGCCCAUCGUGUUCACCGUCGAUAAUUUGCUGGCCAACAUCGCCACGGCAGAUCCGGCGGAACUGGAGCCGGCCUACAACACUGGACGCACCUCUCUGGAGGAUAUUGUCGUAGCGGCCCGUCUGUCGUCUGAUUUUCCCCUUUUCGUUUCUCCUUUCUCGCUUCCCCCGGAAGAAAAAUUGCUCCUCUUACCCCACGAUGAGUUUAUGGCCUAUCAAGCGUUGAACGAGAUGUGGUACAACGGUCUUGCCAAAAAGGUCGCAGACGCGGAAGCACGGGAGAAAGCGGAGCGCGAGGACGCAGAGCAAAAGGAGGAGCGUGAGGCUGCUCGGGCUGCUGCUGCGAGGAAGCAGGCGGAGGAACGUGAGGCUGCUCGGGCUGCUGCUGCGAGGAAGCAGGCGGAGGAGCGUAAGCCUGCUCGGGCUGCUGCUGCGAGGAAGCAGGAGGCGGAGCGUGCGGCUGCUCUGGCGGAGCGUGAGGCGUAUCUCCAAGCUGCUAGGGCGAAGCAUGGGGCGCUCCGAUCGCGGCUGGAGGACCUGGAGCCCCUCCACCAGGACCCGCGAGCAGCAGCUUUGCCUUCGCCCUACCCCCGUCGUAGUAUUAUCGUCCCUCCCCAAUCGCAAUCCCAGGUGCCCCUUGGUUCCCGUAGUACCGCCUCGCUGCACGAGAAGGAGCGGGAGGUGGCGGCUACUCCGACGAACGAGGAGGGGCGGGAGGGGGCAGCGACUCCGGAGUUUUCUGUGACGUUGGGUCUUCCGGUCGCUGCUGAAGACGGAGCAUCGUUUGCGACCGCAAUUACGGUGUACGAGUUCCAUGUUGACGAUACAGCGUUCCUGUCCCGCCCACUGGAGAUGCCAGCCGAAGAAAUGGAGGACUCCAGCUGCCUCUUGCCCGUGCUGCCUCCAACCACGAUUUCAAGCACGACCUACAAGUCACCCGGCCGGCCUCUUCACGCCCUGCACAUGUUUCUAGUGGGGACAAGGAUUACAGUCGGUCGGCGGCUCCGGUGUCCAAGAGCUGGAAGAACCGUUGGGGUGACCAAGAUUCGACGGCCAAGAGCGGGACGGACGACCACCGCCGCUCCACCCAGUCUUCGCGAGGGCGCGGCGCCGGAGAUGGCGGGCGAGGGUAAGCCGUGGGGAACCAGCCUACGAGGUCUUCGCCGGCGAGCCGCCACCGUCGGAGCAGGAGUCGGAGCGCAGAACGGCGAUAGCGCGCCAAUCCUUCGUCUGGGCGUGGGCGCAGCCGGAGCGGAGACCGUCGUGGGAGAGGCACACGCCUUCGACUAGGCGUAGCCGCAGCCGGAGCCAGAACCGGAGCGGGGGCAACAGCAGGGCGACCAGCACUGACAGCAGUCGCGGCGGAAAAGGGGGACGGAAGUCAGGCCACGGUAGAAAACCAUCUGCGCGAGGAACCGGCAGGGCCCUCUACGUACGCCUUCUUCAUCCAGAAAUUGGCGGCUGCCUGGGAUCCUCAAGACCAGAGCUCGGGGAUUGAUGGUCUUCGCAGUUUUGGCGUAUCCAACGGCGAGACUUACGGAGAAUGCAUUCGUCGCUAAUAGGCUCUGGCCAUGACCGUCAUGGUUUCCCACCACGCGUUCAAGCCUUCGGAUGCGCAAGUGCAGAUAGCUGUUCGAGACUCCAUGUUGAAACAGUUUCCGGUAGUGUCUGGGCAGGUGUACAAGGAUGAGCAGCUCUCCAUGGAAGCCCCUUUUUGGCGACAUGCUUCGGGUCUGGAUGAUAUGUGGGAUGUGUUGGACAAGCGUGGGCUCGCGCACACGCCGGCGGUGCAUGGAGAUGAUUUCUUUUCGGUAUCUUCCACGGAUGCUAGGAGUUCGUCUGCUGUUUCGCGUGCUGUAGCUUCUUCGGCGUUGUGUUCGACGGUGACCCCUUCGUGGAGCCAAGGCUCUUCGGCCGCCGUGAUGAGUGUGGACCCUCUACCUAAUGAU